UAUUUUGAUCAGUGCGACGAGUGCGACUGCGACUAGUGUGAGAGUUCACGCUGGACGUGUAACGUAUUUUAUGCUCAUGUUUACGUUUUAUCGGAAAUGGUUUUUUUUUGAGUGAACAAAAAAACACACGUGCAGAAUGAGUCUCGAAAACACAGAUUUUUUUUUAAGGCGAAUUGUCAGUCCUCAAACUGAAAUCCCAAAAGGAAGUGACAUAUAUUUAAAAGAAACUAAGGGAUAUGUUUGUGGGAGACACAUAGCCAGUGACAUUGUUUGGGAGAAUGAUAGAGUAUCAAGAAAGCACUGCAUUUUUAAUCGAUAUCCAGAUUAUAUUUCUGUUAUAGAUUUGAAAAGUGGGAAUGGUGUUUACAUUAAUGGCAGCAGAAUAAAACCAUUUGAACACAUUACAUUAAAGGAUAGUGAUAUUAUCGGUAUUGGAACCCCUGAUCAAACUUCUAAUGACCUUAGCAAAUUCAUUUAUCGAUUACAUAAACAGGUUGUCAUUGAUCUCGAAAGAGAUUUUAAAAAGUCUCACAAUCAAAAUUUGAAAUCUGAAAUAAUGCAGCCACCUAGGAAACUAUUAAGGUUAUCUUCUUUAGGAACUAAAACAGUAGCUGUGGAAAGAUCUCCAGGAAGCUAUCAAAUAUUACCGUUACCAUCUUCAUCGAGCAAAAAUUCUGAUCGUACUAUCAAAUUCAAUUUAAAUUUCGGCGUUUUUCCUUCUUAUUGCAAAGCAAAAAAUGUAGACUUCAAUCAAACUUUCUAUUCUUCAAGAACUUCCUUCAGCGAAGAAAAUAUAUUGCCAGAAAUAUGCAAUGCUUCUGUGGUCCCCACAGUGUUCAGUGCUUCUCAAGAUGAUGAUAUUAUUAUCAUAAAAGAAGUUCAGAAGGACAGAACUCACCCUUUAACUUCAAAUCUAACCGAUUUUUCUACAGAGACAGAGACUCUUGCUUAUAGCAAACCUACAUCUCAAAUUGAUCAAAAAAAGUUUUCAGAAUCUUCAGAUACUUCUGAAAGUGAUAUUAAUGCAAAUGAGAUUGAGAUGGAACAUGACCAGGAGCAUUAUCAUUUUGUAAAUAGCGAUGAAGAAAAAGGUUGUGAAGCUACAAGACUUCAGGGAGAAUGUAUUUUUGGCGAGGGAAGUAUGCGAUUAGUUGAAUACGAAGAUAGUGAGGACUCUAAUGGUAAUGAUAAUUAUGUAGUUCAAGAUGUUAAUUUAAAUGCUGAAAGAGAAGGUUCUGAUUCAGAAAUGGAAAUAGAUACUGAAAAAGAGUUGCCGAUUGAAAAAUCUCUUGAAAACAUCUUUCAAGAAUCUUCUCCCUUAGUAGAGCAGGAUGAAGACUGGUUUAGUUUGGAGAAAAGUAUAGAUACAGAAAUAAAUUCGGAUGUUUAUGGUUUUCAAGAAGAUGAAAAUUCUAAUGAAAUAGAUAAUUUGAAUGAAAUAUCGAGGUUUAAAUGCACUAGAGAAAAAGAACUUCCAGUAACUACUUUACAAAAUAAUAUGACCAUGAACAGUAAAUUAAAUGGAAAAAUUCCUAUCGUGGUUUUGGAAAGACUAGUUAUAAAGCCAAGAGAAUCCAAAAAUCAAGUUUUAACACAUGAGAACCGGAAUUUCGUAAAUACACCAACUCCAGUAGGUGAUAAAGUGUUUAUGUCAGAAAAGAAAGCUGAUGAACUGCUGUCACAUAUUCUUGAUUGGUGUCCUAGUGAUUUUAAGGUUGAUAAUCCUGGAAAGUUAGAUCCAUUUUCUUUUGGAAAAAUUAAUUUAGAUCGAAUUUCGUAUGAAACUUAUGAAGAAUAUUCCAAAGCUCUUACGUCGCUUCUGUUAUUCGACGUGGCAAGUAAAGUAAAGAAUGCAACCGGAUCUGUUGAUCAGAGUUUUAGAUUCAAAAAAUGUGAAGUGAUAAAAAACUCUGCUAUCAAAUUUGGGAUAGCUGGAAAAAAUUCUUAUUUGUUAGAUUUCUAUUUGUCGAUAAGUGGCUUAAAUCAAAGCUCAUUAAAAGUGCCUACAGCUGGAGAUCUUCUUCAUCUUGAAAUACUCAAUAAAAAUAGCAGGUUCUUAGUUUUUGGUUAUACCAGAAACAUGACAUCUAUUAACAAUCUAAAUAAAGGAGAUCGACUUGUGUUGGCUGUGACUACAAGAUUAUUAAACUUCAACAUUUACUCAAGCAAAAUCAAGGACCUGCGGAUAAUAACGGGUUUGAAUGUUGCACUGAACCUAGUGGAAGCCUUGAGUGAAUUCAAAUCAACACCAUUGAUGCCCAUGCUAAUAAAACCAGAUGCUGAAACUUACCGUCUAGCUGGUUCUUCGAAUAUUCCAUUAAAUUUGGUUAAAUCAGAGUACAAACAAUCGAAUGCUGUUAUAUGCAUUGCCAAUGCUGUUGCAAGUCAAAAACCAAAAGUUUGCUUGAUUGAAGGUGCUCCCGGCACUGGAAAAACAACAAUCAUCAGUGACACUAUUGUUAAAUUAUUACAAAGUGGAAAAACGAAAACUUAUUUGCCACCAAAGAUAUUGGUUUGUGCAAAGUCAAAGGCAGAAGUUGAUGAAAUUGUACUAAGGCUGGGUACGACACAACAAAAUUUUGGUACAGAUGGAGCUAUUAAAAUGAUUCGUGUCGGUCACUCUGAGGAAGACAAUCAACAAUUAAAAAACUUUUCCUUACAAAGUUUAGCAGAACGCCAUGUCGACUUAGGCCUAAGAGACUUCUUUGUAUCAAAAGACAGAAAAGUUCUUGGAGAUCGCGAUUAUCAAGAAAAAAUCCGUUUGCUCGAUGCGGAGUACAAUGAAUUAAUGAAUCCGAGUAGCGCAAUAAAACGAAAUAUUCGUGAAACCUGUUUUGGUAUUGAAAGAAGUGGCCGAAACGUCACUGAAAUGACUGACCAAGAAAUCUCAAAACUGGUAGACUUUGCUGAAAACACAUUGCUAUCUGAAGCGAACCUUAUUGUCUCUACUCUUUCUAUGAGCCACUCGAAUAAAAUAGAAUCCGCUUUUGGGAGGAGAAAAGAAAUAUCAAUUUGCAUAAUCGAUGAAGCAACUCUAAUUCCCGAAAUUGAGAUAUUGAAGCCCUUAACUUUUGGAGUAAAGACUUUGGUUUUAUUAGGCGAUCCAUUCAAAAUUUUGGUUUCUGAAAACAAUUAUUGUGGAUCAGAAACUCAAAGAUUGGAUAAUUCGUUAUUUUCGCGGAUAAAAGCAAAUUUCAAUAGGAUGUCAAAUAACCCAAUAAUAUCCUUGGAUCUUCAAUACCGAAUUAAUGAGCGUGUGAUGUUUCGAUUGAAUAGACUUAUCUUCAAUGGCAGUUUGAAGAGUGAUUGUUCCAAGUACAAAUUUCCAAUACGGCCUUAUAUAGUUUUAAAUACUUUCCCACAUCACACUCUUGAUGACGAAACAACUUUUAUCACAAAUUUAAUAUUGUGCAUCGUGCAAUUCUCGGAUUUUACUCCAGUUGAAAAACCUGUAAGAAUUGGAGUCAUUAUACCUGCCGGCACUUCGAAGUCAAGUAUAAUUGUGGCCAUUGAUAAAAGUUUGUCCCAGGCUUCAGUCAGAAAAAGAGAUUGCGUUCUUAUAAACGCAGACUACGUCUCUGCAUUUAAAAAUAAGGAAAUGGAUAUUGCAAUUGUAUCUUGCAUGAAAAGAAUUUAUAAUGUGCUAGAACCUGUGACAGAUGAAUGGCUUUAUACAGCAAUAACAAGAGUCAAGCAUAGUUUGAUACUUUAUGGCUCUUUUAAGAAGUUAAAAAAUACCUGCCUCUUGAAACUGUUGAUUAAUGGCACAAGAAGUGGGCAAAAUUAUUUUUCUAUCAAAGACGAAAUUACUCAUCUAAACUUUCAAAAAUUGAUAUUAAAACGAUCAAAAGACCGAAUAUGAGAUUAUAUAUUUGUGUAGGAAGUUGGAAGAUAUCUGAUUGUACAAAUUUUAUGUUAAGUUUAGAAUUUUUUUUUACAAUAAUUGUAACUUGUACGUAAACAUAAUAAUAAUAAUUGUUUAACCAACAUUACGU